AUGGCGCAGCCACAACCUGGCGUGAUCCCUUACGGCUCCAGUGUCGUCCACUCUGGGCCCAUCGACACAGCUCGGCCCAUCAACCGUGACAACAUCAGGGGCAAAACGAUUCUCAUCACCGGAGGUGCUUCGGGAUUCGGGGCAGCCUGCUUCCAAGAAUGGGCCUCUCACGGCGCCAACGUGAUCAUUGGCGACAUCAACGAGAAAGCCGGCACGGAGCUGGUGGCUCAGACCCGCCAGUCCACGGGGAACCAGAACCACCAUUUCAUUCCGCUCGACGUGACGAGUUGGCAGAGUCAAGCCGCCUGCUUCAAACAAGCGGCGCGACUGAGCCCGCACGGCGGGAUUGACCAUGUCAUGGCCAAUGCUGGCGUGGCCGAUGCACCGGAGCAGCUUCUAUUUGAGGACCCGCCUGACUAUGCGAGGAUGGAUGAUGGUCCGCCGCCCAAGCCAGCCAUGCGCACGCUGGACAUCAACCUCAAUGGAGUCCUGUAUACCACACACCUGGCAAUAUCGUAUUUGUCCCGGAACCCAGGGAGCGAGAAAUGUCAAGCCGACAAGCGUUCGGGGACGCGAGAUCGACACCUCAUUCUUGUCUCCUCCAUUGCUGGGCUGGCGGGUCUACCGGGUCAACCUCUCUACGCAGCGGCGAAACAUGGUGUGGUUGGCUUGUUCCGCACAUUGCGGCUCACAGUCCCGCUGAAGAGCGGAGUGAGGGUGAACAUGAUCAAUCCAUACUUCGUCGACACGCCGAUCCUAGGGCCCGUCGGUGCCUUCGUGCUUGCGGGCGGCGGAAUGGCCAAGAUCGAGUCAGUGGUCGAUGCCACGACGCGCCUUGUGGCAGACCAAGGCAUCAUCGGCCGAGCUCUCAUAAUAGCCACCAAGACUUCCGAGAAGGACGCGAAGACGAUGGGUCUCGAGCGAGCUGUAGAGGACCAAGCGGUGUGGGACUGCUACGCGGACGACUUCGAGCAGACGGACCUGUUUACGAGAAGGAUCAUUGGUAUCACGAAUCUGGUGACGCAGGCCCGAGGGUGGACGGGUAUGUGGUCGGACAUUGGGAGUAGUCUGUCCAAGAAACUGUGGAAGGCGUUGGGGUAUUGA